CCUCAACGUUGGCUUGGUCAAAUUACUCAUCUAUUUUGUUUGUUACCAAAUCACAUCUCAAUGUUUUCGAUCAACGGACAGAUGGAAAUGGCCGAUCUCAUCGAGUCCGGGUCCUAUGUAACCCGAGCCGCAGACUUUCCAAGCACAUGGCAAAUCAGCGCAUCAAGUUGUGCCUGGAAAUGAUGUUUCGUUCAGCCUCCUGGGACCGCGGACACUCACGGACGUAACAGAACAUCACUUUAGCCCUUCCGAUCUUGCGAUCGGUUCAAGCUUGCGACUUUGGUAUGAUGGUAAGACCUUCAUUGCUCCAAUCCGCGCCAUGUUUCAUUUCAAAUCCCUCGGGCCUAGUCGCCCUUGGACGUGAACACCGGCCCUGUCCAUGCACUGUCCCACUGUAUAUUUGCAAAGUGCCAGCCCGCUUGGACUCAUUCGGCGCAUUCUAUGCCUUCUAUCGCGCUCUCGCCGCAAAGGUAAAGAACACUGUCUGGUUUAUACUUGCUUACGCCUCCGUCAUCCUCAUUGUUUGUCACUGUUGCUCACCCGGGCGACAAACCACCGCAUCCCCUGCAUCAACACCCCAGUUUGGGCGGCACUCGGUUAUUCAACAACACUUCAGAUUUAAUCUGGAGUGAGGAUCGUCACCGUUGACCCUUGCUUCAUGCUGUGCAUGGAAUCUCGAAAUAAAAUACCAAUCACCGUAGCCGGUGGAUGUAUCAGCAGCAGCCUUUUCCAGAUCAGGAGAAAGCUUCAUCAAAUCUUCCAGACAAGGCUCUAAGUCGCCUCUCCAAUAACUACGCCCAGUCCCUGAGGUCGGACUUUUGUUUACACUCGGCCUGCGCUUGACAGGGAACCCAGAAAGCCUCCAGGUUCGAUCCAGGAACGAGGUUCCAGUCCGCCACAUUAGCCUCUCCCUCCAUUCCAAAACCUGCGUACGCGACCGACCCUAGCCCCGUCGUCGGAAACUGAUAUCCGAUUGGGAAGGACAAUUACCGCCCCGCCUUCGCGACCAAAAGAGAUGCCGCCCAAAGGCAAACAGCCUCAAUCCCCAGACUCGCCCUUUCUUUUUGUCAACGAAGAUGCUUCGACAGUCAAUCGGACCACCAAAGAUGCGCAGGUCGACAGAACCAAGCAGAGUCACGUGCAGCGACAGAACUUUAUGCGAAAACGUCGCCUGAGAGAGGGGCAGGACACGCAAAGACUUUCCAGCAAUCUUUCUCCUCCUGCGACGAGUCCAGCAACACCAAUUGUCUCCCAGGAUGCGCCUCCUUCGUCGACGUCGGCCUUUCUGCAAGGGCACGGCUAUUUUGACCAUAUGGAGAACUUCUCCAUGAGCGAGGCCAUAUUCUCGUCUACUAGUCCGCAGUCUCCGUCAGACGUGCUCGAUCCCCGCCUAUUCGGGGAUCCUUUUGGCUCACAAGCAUCCUCACCCAUGUCAUCUGUCGCACCCUUGCGUGGAUUCGAUGCGUUACAGAUACAUCAGGUCACACCGUCGUUUGAAAGCCUCCGGCUCCCUUAUGGACCUUCGUCGCCUCCACCAAUAUCGAUGAGUGGAGCGACUACUCCGAUGCUUGCAACCCAGAUGACGAGCUCGCCGCCAGCGACAGAUCAGCGAAUCCUAGAGCAAUGGGCCCCUCAUCUAAUCCGACAUUACAACACCGUUGUACUUCCAGAGAAGUUCUGGCUCGAUACUAGAAAGGUGUCUAUGGGUCGCAUGAGGCAUGCUGGGUACAUCCAUGCGGAUAUGCAGACAUGUAUGGCGGAAUCUGCCCACUUGUACGCAUAUCUGGCCAGCGCUGCGACCCACAUGAUUGUGCGUGAAGGCCGGCUUCUGCUACCAGGUGCCUCUGAUAAUGAUGCUCGACAUGUAUGUACAUUCUUCAAGACCAAGGCUAUUCGCGCUCUCCGCGCGCGCUUGGGCACAGGAUACCUCGAUAACCGGCUCGCGAUGGAUGUCCACCGACUCUACUCCUCGACCAUCCUCUUUGAGAAUGUAGAGGCUGCGGAGCCACACUUUCACGCACUUAUUUCCAUGAUUGAGCAGUUGGGAGGAACCGAGACAUUUGACGACUACCAGCUCGAGACAUUGAUACAUGUAGAUCUCGAAGCAGCCAUGAGGUAUUGCGCUAUGCCUCGACUAGCUGUGGACUGGGAUCCAGGUCCGCUUUCCGAGGAACAGAUGCACAUGAUUGAAGGACGCAGGAACCGACACGGCAACACAGCAUCCGGAUUCGAGGAGAUUUGCCGGUCAGAAAACAUCUAUCUAUCGGAAUCCGACACAUUUGCAGAUCUAGUACAACUGGUCGACAUGUCGAACUAUCUCAUGGAGGUACACGACUAUGAACGCCGGCAACAAAAGUGGCUGAACCGAAGAUAUUCUGCCAUCCUCAACCGAAUCCUCAGCAGUUUGUUUUUCCAAGAGACGGAUGACACGAGCUGCGCACUCAAGAUCGCGACAGUGAUCUGGCUAGCUACGAGUUCAUCAUUCCACCUCAAGACUCGAGGCACCUGGGCGUCGACAUUGGUUCCAAUGAUCCGUCAACGACUUGAAGCCACCAACCUCGAACGCUCCUGGCGCCCACACACAGAAGUUCUUCUGUGGAUAGCCACGUUUGCGGGCAUAUGCGCCUGUGCAUGCGACGCCCAUGACGCACAGUGGUUUACCAACCUAGCCAAAGAAACAGCGACGUCUGCCGGGAUCAAUAAUCUCACCGCACUUGAGGACUUGUUCUCGAGGUUCUUAUACGAUCCUCUCGCGCAAAGAUCAUAUUUGGUCAACUUUUCUCGACGGAUGUGGGGUAAUCAAAGUUCUUGAGAGAGAGGGAGAGAGAGCACGAUGAUGCAAUGACAUGAUGAAGGGUGGGCUUGGUCUUUUGAUUAGCAGCAUAGUGGUACUCAGGGAGAAAGGAUCCGGGGGG